AUGCCUCGUGGACGAAAGCGCCAAGCAGUUCCAGCCGAGGAGAGGGCUGGGCAGCGUCGAGGAGGGACCAGACAAGCUACUGCCAAGGUGAGGAAGGCAGGUGGUCGUGGAGCUCUUGUUGAUUUCCCCGACUUGGUCACGCUUCUCCACUCGCAUCUCGCACCGUUGCUGGCCCCGCCAGACGCCAACAGCUUGCUGCUAAGUUGCUCGCGAUUACUGAAGCAAGACGUUCGCGAUGCAAUCGCCACGAAGGCCCUGCUGGCCUACUACGCGAAGGACAGCGCUCACUUUGGGCUUAAAUGCCACGGAGACUGGCAUCAGCUGAUACCUCAAUCAGUGCAGGGAGCUCGUGGCCGCUGCGCGUGUAACUGGGAUCCGCUCAAUGAAGUUGAGGUCGUACCAAGUGAACUUCCGCUCCCAAAGAUGCUGGACGCGCGUGCGCAUCUGUUGGAGGCUAUGUGUUUGCUCUACGAGGGCAUUCGGCCUCACUGCUUCAAGGUGCUGCAAAUGUUUCGAGGAGGGGGCUACUUUGAAGCUGCCACGUUGCAGCCGAUCGUCUUCUCGCUGGUCGAAGGCCUGGAGAAGGAGCGUACAAGCGACGCAAGAGCAGCGAUUGACCCUGAAAAUACAACGGAGCUGUCAAGAUUGCUGGAUAUUGUGGAGCCUGGCUUCGGUGUGGAGUUUUUCAGCUCCAGGAAUGCAAGACGCAGUCCUGCACACGUCUUGGAGGCGCACUGGAGAGGCAUCACAGUGGACCCAGAGACUGGAUCGACGAGCUGUCAGUUCUGUGAACACUAUGCGCAGAGUCCCCUGUUUUACAGAGUGCGAGGGAUCCCCACAGAGCAGAACGACGCGCAGCUACGAACGCACUGCGCGGCCGUGUACCAACUGCUGAAGAAGUUCAUGCUGAAGCAUCUGAAGCACGUCCGCUACGUCCGACCUCCGCGUGGCUGGAACUACGAGCCAAACCGUGGCCACGAGCUGCUCGACCUAAUCGCGGGCUUUACUUCAGCUGGGGUGCUCUGCGGCGUCUACGUGACGGACAUUGGCGUGCCUUCCAAUUGGAUCAGAAGCCGCUUGGCUCCAGGGCACUUCGAGUACCCGAGAUCAAUGCAGGGCGCGACCUGA